UACCAGAUUCAAUCAGAUAUUUGCCUCUUGGUUGAAUCUGCAGAUAAGCGAAACCAUAUCUCACUCCAAAUGCACCAGCGUGAGAAUCCCGGCUCUGGUGAAAUUAAAAAACCCUUUUUUCGUUGUUUUUUUUUUGGAAAAGGAGAAAUACAUUCAUAUUCGUCGUCUGGUAAUGACCAGGCUUGAGCAAGAUACUUUGUUUUAGAUGAAAGUCUUACUGUUAGGUAGUUAGGCAUUGAAAAACACCUUCCACUAGUAAAAAUAAAACGCAUAUUUUCUUCAAAAUAACAAUUACUACCUCAUAAAUCAUAAGAAAAGCGAACUUUAGAUGUCGCGGGUAACAUAUUUUGCAAAAAGUAUCUUGUAUCUUAAAAAGUAUCUUAGAUACUUUCCCCUGGAUGGAAAAUAUCAGAUACAAGAUACAAAUACAAGAUACUCAUUGAGGAUUUUCCAGAUACAAGAUACUUUGAGCCGAGGCGGCUGGAAGAUACAAGAUACGAGUAGUAUCUUGUAUCUUGUAUCUAGUAUAUUAAAGUAUCUAUCUUGCCCAAGCCUGGAAAAAGAUAACACCAGCAUAAGAGCAGAGGAAGGGAAUUCUGAUUCAUACCCAAAUUCGAGAGAUUGUGGACGAACGAAUAUAUCUUCCUGAGGUGGACAAUCGGCUCAAUUUGCAUUGGACAUUUAAUGAUAAAUGAAUGAAUAAAUGAAUGAAUGAACAUGCUUCUGUGUCACCACUUUCUUGCUUAAUUCUCCGUCCACAAAGAAAUUAUUCUGCAUUCUGUCACCUUUUUGGUACGUCCGACUGUACGAGACUCGACUCUUGGUGGGAUGUGCAGAUAAGCGAAGCUAUCACUUGAGACAACAAGCUCCUCGUCAAACGAGAGCUCACUUCCUCCUCCAGAAAUUUUACAAAUUUGAAACAUUUCCACCAAGUUCACAUUGAGAAAAAGAGCAAAACGACUCAAAGAAUGAUGUACGUGAGUUGAAAAUAAAAUUGUGGAGGAAUCUGAAACACAGAGAAAGUUCGAUAAGGGAAACUUAUUUACUCGAGAACGGACUGCUUCCCGAACAUACGUCUCACGCCAAAAUGUGAAGAACGUGUCGUUGGAUUCGAAGGUUUCUACUGCGGGAAUUUCCGAGCAGAACGAGACAUUGCCGUUGGACACGAUGGAGGUCAACCAGACGCACCGGAAGUUCCUCAGACGACAGGAAACGCUCGUCACCACAAAGGAGAAAGGGGAAAGUUCUCAAGAAAAUGGACAAUUUGCUCCUCACUCCGCCCAACCACGUGAGCCAACUCCACGUGGCGAAAACCACGUGCAGUCCCCCUCAGCCAACAGAAGGUCAUCAAAAGCCAGGAAAUUGCCCCAAGUUGGCAGAAAGCGUGGUCAUCACGUGGUGGGGACAAUCUUCCCAUGCAAAAUAUGCCUUCGUCCCUUCACCAACAGAACCAGUGCUGCCCUCCACGCCCACACUCACCUCAACCCCCACGAGCUGGAGCAGUCGUCACUUUUCCAUGAGAAGUGCCCCCACUGCGAAAAAGUGUUCUUCACUCGUCACCACUUCACCGACCACGUGAACGCGCACGAAGGUCGUAAAAACUACGCCUGCUCCGUGUGCAAGCAGAAGUUCUCCGCGAAAAAAAGUUUGACCCGUCAUCUCUUCGUCCAUUUGAGUCGCGAGGAGCGCGCGGAGGUGCGGCAAGGCUGGCGACACGUCUGCUACUUUUGCAGCAAACCAUUCCAACGUCCGUCCCAUCUCAGUCGUCAUGUGGUGGGCCAUACGAAGGAAAAAGUGGGCGGGCGAUGUCACACUUGUCGAAAAAGUUUCUCCUCCAAAGAUUCUCUGACCAAACAUCGGUUCGCCCAUCUCUCCGAAGACGAGAAGGUCGCCCUCGUGAAGCAGGGUUCGAGUCGAGUGUGUCUAUUCUGCCAGAUGAAAUUCCCCGAUAACCGAACUUAUCAUGUUCACCUGGUUUCCCACACGGAGGAGAAACCUUUCCGCUGCGACCAGUGUGGGGCGCUGUUCGGUCAUCAGAGUGUCUUAACCAUGCACGCGCGCAUUCACAGCGCGGAUCCGCGACCCUUCAAGUGCACCGAAUGCGACCAAGUGUUCACUCAAAAAUCGAGUCUGACCAGCCACAAGAAGACGGUGCACCGGAAGCGGAAGGACAUCGCGUGCCCCGAGUGCGGCAAGAAGUUCGGGAGGAAGGGUGACAUGGUGCGACAUCUGAGGAGUGUUCAUGCCAAAAACCGGCACUCCUGCCCCCACUGCGGGGAGACAUUCUCGAGGAAAGACCAUCUUGGGAGACAUUUGAAGAAGGUUCAUCCCCCAGAGUAAAGUCUAAACAGCGUCUCAUCAAAGGACCACGUGUCAUCCAUAUGUUAUGUUUUUUUUAUUAUAUAUUUUGCUGAUUUGACCACUUAUGACAAGUUAUGCUCAUCCGACCAUCACGACAUGUUUUCCACGCGUUAUAUAUUUCAAUAUUUUUCUCAUUUCACUAAUUAUGACGAGAGAUUUAUUCUGAUAAAAAUGGCAUAAUUGAAUUAUUAAGGUGUGAACGUGUUAUGUUACCGUUUUGACUAUGACAAUUUUUAUGUAGUAAAG